AUGAAAAAUUUAAAAGAAUGUUUAUCUUCGGAAGGAGGUUAUAAAAACACAAAACAAUUUAAGGAAAAUAUACAAGAUGAGGAUACUUUGAACUACGUAAUUGAGACCUUGGAGGACAUUUUGCAAAGCUCAAAAUCACAACCAAUGUCGUUGGUGCUAUCCAUGAGAUUGACAAAAGAACUUAUGGAUCUUCAUUAUGACUGCGUUGUGCACUCUAUUUCCAACAACAUUGUUUACAUGAUUGAGGAUAUUAUCAUGGCAGAUUUAAAGAAAAACGAGAGAGGCAAAUUUUAUUUCAGUGAUUAACCAAAUUAAUCUCUGAUUUUGCUUGGAAAUACGCUGGUACGUUUAGCACUUGAAUGCAUUUUUGUGUGGAACUUGUGGCACCCUAAUAAUUUAGCUAUUACUUAAGUUUAUUAACGAUUAAUCGACAAAGGAGUCUAGUUCCCAAAAUUGCAUUAUUUUAGUGCCCAGAAAGUCAAGGAGUACUAUAUGACCGUGAAGGAGAGCUCAAAGAAUGGAACCCUUUAUCGAUAGCAAUCCUUGAUGUUGCAUGAGCAAUACUUUGAGCAACUCAAGAAGACUAUUGAGAAGAACCAGUACAGUAAUGUCAAACUACAUGAAAUCAAUGAGGAAUUGAAAUAAAUCAAGCACGUAAAUGAAAAUUAAAAAUAAUUUAUCGAGAACUUCAACAGGGCUUACAAGGAUUAUCUAGUCAACAACAAAAUAGAAGAGUUCAAUAAUCAAAUUUAAUCGAUUUGCUUAGAAUACGACGAAUUGUAAAGUCAAAAGAAACAGAAUAGCGCAAUCUAGUUCUGCACAUACUCUACUGACAAGCAAAGUAAUCAAUUAUCAAGAAGCAUGAGUUCGUAAAAUUCUUAACGUAAAAAUGAGAACGACGAUAAACAACAAUCUAUUGAACAACUACUACAUGAGAAUGAAUUAAUAUAGGCAUAAAUUCAAAGUUUUGAAAUUCCGAAAACCAAUUGUAAUUUGAAGAAAUCAGAAAUAUGAUUCUUAUAUUGUAAACAAUUAUGUUAUAUUGAAAUCUUUUA